AUGGUCGGACCCACUACACACCUCGAAGAGUUGUCAGCACCAAUCGUCUUUGCCCGGCCUGAGAUGACGGACGUCGCAUCAGCAGUAGCAUACCAUCGUAGCUGUAUCGCUGAGAUCCGUGAUCUCAGGAAGAUCCAGAAACAGGGGUCUGUCAACAAAGUCUCGAAGAGAACGGCCGAAGAAGCCACAACAUCAUCCGCUACAGUAGCACGUCCGGCAUCGCCACCACCGAGACGCCAGCACAGAGCGCAGCGCAGACUUCGCGGACUCGACUCUCGUGCGCAGCAUUCUCCGUGCUAUGAGCAAGCCACGCAGCUUUUAUCACUGGCUGUAGUGGCAUCAACCCCACACCGCUUUGGGAGACGCGGCACCAGCACUACCAUAGACGGCAUGACUUCUCGAGCACCGCGCAGAUCGAGCCGCCACCACAUCCGCGGACAAAGGCAGCGCAACAAUGCCCAGACCCUGGAGAACGAGCUCGCCUUGGCACGUGAAGCCCAUCGUGAGCAUGAGCAGACCGUUCUCGACCUCGAGAAUGAAGCAGAGCAGCAUGAGCGGGGGAAUGCGAGUUUGAGGGCGGAUUUGGAGAAGGAGAAGAAGGGGGCGACGCUACGGUGGGAGUUGCUGUUGAGCCAGAAGCGGCAGAUCGAGGAGCCUCUCGCAAAGACGAGCGAGCUGGAGGAGGAGAGCAAGCAGUACCGCAGCACGAUUGCCGGGCUGGAGAAGGAGAAGGGGAGGCAGAAGCUGGCGCUGGAUGGAGUGAAGGAGGCGUCUGAGUAG